AUGAUUCUGUCAUUUGUUUAUUUUUUUGUUUGGUGGUAAAUAUUUAGGUAACAAAGCAUUUGCCAUUUCAGCAAUCUUCGCAUGUACCACGCAAUGACAUCUGUUAUGUUCAUCUUGUUCAACUGUCACCCUUAUCCAUUCCCAAAUUUUUUCAUCAUUCCAGCAUUCUUGGCAUUGCAGAGCCACAAAUGAGCAGAUUCUACCCUCAGCAAGUUCUUAAAGAGCUUUUUGCUUCAGAUAACCUGCUUGUCUUUAAAGAAAACAAAGGCCUGAUCUGGACACUAAAUUCUACAUGAUUUCUUCAGUUGGAACGGAGCAAAAAAAAAAAAAGGUGUUGUGAUACUCCGAGUUUUUCUCCAGGAAGGAGGACUGAGGUUAUUCAAGAAUAAGUUAAUGUAAUGUCCAUUCUUAGAAAAUAGCCGAGGUCCUCCCCGCUCCCCCGAAUCAGGAAGUUACACUUUACUCAUGUAGAUUUAAAAGUACUGAAUACCUUCCACUCACACAGCUCUGUGUUCCCUAACAUCUCAUUUGGUAGAUCAGCACUUUUUGUAACUUGGUUCCUGAAAAAGAGAUAUUGCGGUUGGGAGUCAGUUGCAUUUUAAUGAAGGAUGCAGACAGCUCCCUGACGGCUCUGAGAUACCGCUUCCUCCUGUUCUGCUGGGCAAGCUGGGCUCGGAUCCCAAGAAGAAGACGGUGUGCAUUUAUGGGCACCUGGAUGUCCAGCCCGCAGCCCUGGAAGAUGGCUGGGACAGCGAGCCCUUCGCCCUGGAGGAGCGCGAUGGGAAAUUGUACGGGAGAGGCUCUACGGAUGACAAGGGGCCAGUGGCCUGCUGGAUGAAUGCACUGGAAGCUUUCCAAAAAACAAACCAGGACAUCCCCGUCAAUGUGCUGUUCUGUCUGGAAGGCAUGGAGGAGUCGGGCUCAGAGGGCCUGGAUGAGCUGAUUUUCGCCCAGAAGGAUGCAUUCUUGAAGGACGUGGACUACGUCUGCAUCUCCGACAACUACUGGCUGGGCAAGAAGAAGCCCUGUGUCACCUACGGCCUCCGGGGCAUUUGCUACUUUUUCAUCGAGGUGGAGUGCAGUGACAAGGACCUCCAUUCUGGCAUCUACGGGGGCUCAGUGCACGAGGCAAUGACUGACCUCAUUACCCUGAUGGGCUCUCUGGUCGACCGGAAAGGGAAAAUCCUUAUCCCGGGCAUUAAUGAGGCUGUGGCGCCUGUGACAGAUGAGGAGCUGACGCUCUACAAUGAUAUCGACUUUGACACGGAUGAGUAUGCCAAGGAUGUGGGCACCGAGACCCUCCUGCAUGGCUGCAAGAAAGAUAUCCUGAUGCACCGAUGGAGGUACCCAUCCCUGUCCCUCCACGGCAUCGAAGGCGCCUUUUCCGGAUCUGGAGCGAAAACUGUGAUUCCUCGGAAAGUGGUGGGCAAGUUCUCCAUCAGACUUGUGCCAGACAUGACCCCUGAGGUCGUCAGCGAGCAGGUGACGAGCUACCUGACCAAGAAGUUUGCUGACCUGCAGAGCCCCAACAAGUUCAAGGUGUACAUGAGCCAUGGUGGGAAGCCGUGGGUCUCGGACUUCAACCAUCCACACUAUCUGGCCGGGAGGAGAGCUCUGAAGACAGUGUUUGGUGUAGAGCCAGACUUGACCCGGGAGGGCGGUAGCAUCCCCGUGACUCUGACUUUCCAGGAGGCCACAGGCAAGAAUGUCAUGCUUCUGCCUGUGGGUGCAGCCGAUGACGGGGCCCACUCCCAGAAUGAAAAGCUCAACAGGCACAACUACAUAGAAGGAACCAAGAUGCUGGGUGCCUACCUGUACGAAGUGUCCCAGCUGAAGGACUGACAGCCAGCGUCCGGGCACCGUGUCUAACUGACAGCACUCUGUCCCUGUCCUCACCAAUGUCCUGCGUGCGUUGUCUUGUUGAAUGCGCCCCAGCAUCCGGCACUGGCCCCAGUGUGGACUCACAAGUGCUCAGUCCCUGGGGCAUGUGAGGACCCUGGGGAGUCAACUUGGUCAGGUUCUCAGAGGUGCUUGGUGUGACGUGGCAAGGUCCAAAAGCACAAGUCCUUUUGUUGAAAAUUCUGGUUGUCUUUGAGUUGAGAUGAAUACAGCACGUGAUGUUCCUGCCUGGGUUAUUUCCUUCUCUCCUUCCAUGCUUUUGUUUCAGGAUAACUUGCACUUGAGGUGUUUAUAAAGGAGACGGGCUGCAAAGCGAGCACCUUGGGCCUCGAGGGGCUGCCCUUGGCUGCAGUGGAGAUCUGACCCUUGGACCUGGGCGGGUUCUGUCCUUUCCUCCAGAACUUACCAUUACCAAUGUUGCCCAUCCUCCUUCCCCUCAAAACCAAAACUGAAUGGGAUGAUUUUGCCUUAGUCUUUGCUGCUAAAUAAAGAGUAAAAACGAAGCCUCUGAA